AUGGACUAUGAUAAACUACUGAUCGAAUUAGAUCCAAAAACUGGAAAGAAAACUGUCAAUAAUAAAUACCUAAUACUUAAGAAGAUUGGGCAAGGACAAUAUGGUAAAGUGCUACUAGGACAGGUGUUGGAUACCACCAGCAAACCCACUGUAAGAAAACAAUCAACAUUGAAGGAUUCUUCAACAAGUCCCACGGGCACCACCACCAACAAUGCCAAUACCGUUACUUAUGUUGCAAUCAAAACUAUUAAUCGUGUCGAUAAAGCCAAACUAAUUACCAAAUCUUAUAUCAGCAAUGUCACCAAGAUCAAGAAAGAAAUCAGGAUUCUAAAACAAUGUAAUCAUCCCAACGUUGUUAAACUAUAUUCAGUCAUUGAUGAUACCCAUUUCGACAAGAUCCUUCUCAUAUUGGAAUAUUGCAAAUAUGGCGAAAUUGACUGGAAACAUUAUAAUCACUACUAUGAAAAAUACACCACUCAUAAACAUCGGUUAGCACUAAAUCUAAAUAAGAUAUUACGAGAUAUAGUUAACGGUUUAGAAUACCUUCACCUGUAUAAACACAUUAUUCAUCGAGAUUUAAAGCCACUGAAUCUAUUGAUCGAUGAAUUCAACAAUAUCAAGAUAUCGGAUUUUGGCGUUAGUUUAAUCUUGGAAAAUUCCAUACAAGAUGCUAAAGAAUUGGCCAAUACCAUGGGCACACCAGCAUUCUAUGCACCAGAAUUAUGUCAGUUUGUUAAAAACCGAUUUUCAAUGAUUACCAAUGAAGACCACCAAUUGAAUAAAGUCAAAAUAGAUUAUAGAAUAGACAUUUGGAGUUUGGGAAUUACACUUUAUUGUUUGAUGUUUAACAAUUUACCUUUUAAUGGAAUUAACGAGUUUGAUAUAUGUAAAAACAUUGUUGAUUCAGAAUUGAAAUUCCCGCAAAUCAAGCAUACUUCAAAAGUUACUGAAUCGGAUUUGGAAGAAUUAAAAUUGGUCAAAGAUUUAAUCAAGCAGUUGUUGCACAAGGACCCCAAUAAAAGGAUUUCAUUGCAUGGAGUUAAACAUCACAAAUUUACUACAUUUGACUUGAAUGACUCACAACGAGAAAAGUUUUUCAAUUUCAAUCGAGCUAUAUUUAAGGAUGCCGAUUGUAAAAAGGAGUUGGUAAAAAGUGGCGAAAAAGGAGCAGCAGUUCAGCCAAAUGACGUUGGUCUAUCAACAAAGAUUCGAAACUUUUUCAAAGGAGCCACUUCUACUCCUACUUCUACCCUACCUCCGCCAAAAGCAGGAACAGCAGCAGCAGCAGGAAAUACAAGUUUGAAGGAACCACUUGCACAUGAUUCAGAAACUAAACGACCCAAUUUGCCGGAUUUACAACAUGUGGAUGACUUACUUGACUCCUAUUUUGAUGAUUCUUCGUCGUUGGGCAGUAGUAUAGGUGAAAUGGAGGAGGGUCCAGUCGAUACAUCAAACAUCCUAGGUAAAGUAACCAAUAGUAGAGCAAGUACUUCGCCAAAACGUCUACCACAGCCAUUGAUUUUGAAACCACUCACUUUGAAAGAUCCAUUCACUGCUACUGCUACUCCUACUGCUACUCCUACUCCUACUCAAUCACGAACUGAAGAUACUGGAACCACACAGUCACUGAAGAACAACUCUACACCAAUCACUCCAAGCAGCAGUCAUCAUCACUCACUAACUCCUACCAAUGACUUGUUUACAACAAUUGGGCAAAGUUCACCUAGUCAAUUGAGUAGCAAUGGACCUGUGUUUAGUCCAAGUAAACGAUUCUUUGAUAAACAACAGCAACAACGAAACGAACAAGUACGACAGCAGCAACAGCUUCAACCGUCAAUCAAGUCAUUGUCUACUGACAAUGAUUAUGUAAUGGAACCACCAUCAGUUUUCAGUCGAAGCAAUUCAACCAAUAGCAAUAGCAAUAGCAAUGGUAAUGGCAAUGGCAACAACAACAAUAGUAACAGCACAAGCAGCAACACCAUCAAUACUACCGAUAGAAUGAACAGUACCGACCGAGUAAAGCCACCAUAUGGACUAUCGCGUAUCCCAAGUUCCUCAAGUUCAUUAAAUCUCCAUGCAUAUUUCACUGAUGAUUGUGAUUCAAUUGAGUCGCUACAUUCGAUUCAUUCAACGCAUUCAUCUUCGUUGAAGUAUAAUUUGAAACGAGAUAAGAAUAAUGCGCCAAGACGUUCAAAGUCAAGUUCAAUAAAAAGUGAACCUGGCGUCGAUGUUGACGAUGAUGAUGGAGGAGAAGGAGAGGGGGAAGGGGAUUCGACGUUUUAUUUAGGUGAUGAUGACACUGGUGUUUUUGAAAAGUAUAAGGAUUUGAGUACGUAUUUGGACAAUCUUGAAUGA